UGUUUUUUUUUUUUUUUUUUUUUUUUUUUUUUACUGUUUCUUUCUUCACAUCAUACAACUCAUUCGGAGAAAAUAUUCUCCCAAUAUACAGAAAAGAUCUUUGACCGUUCUACUGGAGAUGUCGCUGUUGAUUUCUAUCAUCGGUAUAAGGAAGACAUUCAAAUGCUUAAGGAACUGGGAUUGAAAGCUUUCAGGUUGUCUAUCUCUUGGUCUCGGAUUUUACCAUAUGGGAAGGUAAGCAAAGGAGUGAAUCCAGAAGGCAUCAAAUUCUACAAUAAUGUCUUCAACGAGCUAAUUGCUAAUGGUAUAACUCCUUUUGUGACUCUAUUCCACUGGGACACACCACAAGCCCUUGAAGACGAAUAUGGAGGGUUUCUAAGCUCCAAAAUAGCGAAAGACUAUGGUAACUUUGUGGACAUUUGCUUCAAAGAAUUUGGGGACCGAGUGAAGUACUGGAUAACUAUGAAUGAGCCACUUUCAUACAGCAUGAAUGGAUAUACAAAAGGAACCUUUGCACCAGGAAGAUGUUCUAAAUUUGUAGGCAACUGCACUGAGGGUAAUUCUGGAACUGAGCCAUACAUUGUAGCUCACAACUUGCUUCUUGCACAUGCAACUGGUGUUAAGGUGUACAGAGAGAAAUAUCAGAAAACUCAGAAAGGCCAGAUAGGAAUUACUCUAGUCACUCAUUGGUUUGUGCCUAAAAUCAACACACCUCAAGGACUCAAGGCCCCACUAAGAGCUCUUGACUUUAUGCUGGGUUGGUUUUUGGAUCCAAUAACAUAUGGUGACUACCCAGCAAGCAUGCGAGCUAUUGUAGGACAUCGGCUCCCAAAAUUCACACCUGAGGAAUCAAAGUUAGUGAAAGGGUCAAUGGAUUUCUUAGGGAUGAAUUACUAUACCACAUAUUAUGCUUCUCCAUUGCUCUCUGUUAAUAGAGUUAACCUCAGCUACUCUACGGACAAUCAUGCUGAUCUAACACCACAAAAGGACGGAAAACCUAUUGGCACACCGACUGCCUUGGAUUGGCUUUUCAUUUAUCCAAAAGGGAUAUAUGGUCUCAUGCUUCACAUCAAGGAAAAAUAUAACAAUCCUCCCGUCUACAUCACCGAAAAUGGGAUGGCAGAUGCCAAUAAUAGCACAAUGCCACUUAAAGAAUCUCUUAAUGACGACAUGAGGAUAAAGUAUUAUGAAGGCCAUCUAUGGUUUCUAUCAAAAGCUAUAAAGGAUGGAGCAAACGUAAAAGGACAUUUUGUGUGGUCAUUCUUAGAUGACUAUGAAUGGGAUGCUGGUUUCACAGUCCGAUUUGGCCUCACGUUUGUUGACUACAAGAACGGACUAAAACGAUACCAUAAGAAAUCUGCUUACUGGUACAAGAAGUUUCUUUUGUAUACCGGCCAAUAAAUAAUCUAACUCUUUCUAGAGGGGCUUAGCUUCUUUGUGGAUGUGUGUGUCAUUGAAUUUCUAGCAGAAUUUAGCUAUGUAAGCGCUGUUGUACUGUGUUGACAGAAAAUGAAUGUCCUUUACUUUUGUGUUUUCAGAAAUAAGACGGAAGCACCUCCGUAUUAGUUAUGUACUUGCUUGGUAAUAGAUAAACGUCUGGAUUCUGCUAGCAAA